AUGGCGCCCACCUACCCUCCAUCCGGCGCUGCCAUCGAGUACCCCUCACCCGCUGCUUCUCGUCGGGCUUCCGAGUGUUUCUCUGAAGUGAGCAUGAGCAGCAGCAGGAGGGGCAGCUUGGCUGGAUUUGCGUCGGACAUGGAGAGUACUGGGCAGUGGCAAUCUCUAGGAAGCGAAUCUAAGAGUCCUCUAGCACAAUUUGGAUUCUUCAAGGGUCUCACCGAUAAGAAGACAACAAGAGAGCGAAAGGAGCUAUACAUCAAGGCCCUCGAGCAGGAGGUGAUCCGUCUCAAGGAUACCUUUGCGGCUACUACGAGGGAACGGGACGCUUUCGCGGACGAGAACCGCCGACUGAGAGAGCUGCUCAUGGCACAUGGCAUCUCCUUCGACCACUCCAGCCCGGGGAGCAAUGGCAUGGGCCGCGUCGACAGCUCUGCCUACGGAAGCUCCACUGGCAGCAUGUCAGGCUACGGGCCAGGAUCAGCGUCGACUGGCUACACAUCGCCACCAACACGCGGAUCCAGCUCUCAUGAUGGAAUGAACGGUCAAGCCUUGACUCUUCAACAGCAACAAGCCCAGCAGUCUGGUCACCAUCAGCAGCAUUCGAUGGACUAUGACCAGAUCGGCAUUGACUUCGUCUUAACGUACGACCGAUCGCCUUAUCUUUCUCCUCCACCCCAGCAGUAA